GAAAAAUUUGGCGGGAAAAUGUGGAAGUAACUUUGAAGUUGAGACCCAAAGGUUCAAAAUUUUCGAAGAGAGAAAAAAUGGCGGAAUUUGAAGAUGAAGAAUUCCUAUCUCAGGUCGCCGCAGCAGAAGCAGAAGCCCUUUCCACCGCCGCCAAGCGUCGCCGGAUCUCUGCCGCCGUCGCCACCACCACUGCCGUCACCACGCCAAAGUUCAACGUCAACACCAAUAACAAUACCAGUGUGGAAGAAGGAGUUUAUCUAGCGGUUCUGAAAGGGAACAAAAGUGUUUUAUUCCAACAAAAAGGAUCGACAAAUGCCUUUUCUACCCCAAUUAACAACAACUACAAAGCAAAUAGCAGCAAUAACUGGUCUAGUUCCGAUGCUGGUGAUUCGUGCUUCAAGUGCGGGAAAUCAGGGCAUUGGUCUCGCGAUUGCGAUACUAAUCCACCAACUGAUGAUUCCGUGAGCUUUCCUGAGAAGAAAUGUGCGUGUGGAAUGGGUAGUUGCCUUGUACUCACUGCCAAUACUGAGAAGAAUCGCGGCCGUAAGUUCUACAAAUGCCCUAUCAGACAGGAGAAUGGUGGUUGUGGAUUCUUUGAGUGGUGUGACCAACCUCCGGUUACUGAUUCUCUGACCACCCGAGGCCCGAGUUACUCUGUUAGUUCCACCUUCCAGGAACUUUCAUGUCCAUGUGGUUCUGGCACAUGCCUAGUUCUGACAGCCAAAACAGGAAAAAAUAUUGGUCAGCAAUUCUACCGAUGUCCAACGAAUCAGGGAGGUUGUGGGUUCUUCAAAUGGUGUAAUGACAACACGACCAAUGCUAGCUUCUCAAAUUCAUCUAACAGCUCUCAGACUUACCCAAAAAUGGAUGGGUCAACCAACAAAAUCAACAAUUCAGUCACUUCCUGUUUCAAAUGUGGCAAUGCUGGGCACUGGGCUAAAGAUUGUCCACAGUCAUCUUCUCAACGCUCUGCUGCUGAUGGAGGAAUACAGUAUUCCAAUUCAAGCACUUGUUUUAAUUGUGGUAAGCCUGGUCACUGGGCCAAGGACUGUUCAUCCAACUGAUUCCAGAGCAGUGAUUAUGCGAAGUGGAUUCCCUCGUGGUUUUGAUGACAUCUGAAGCACUGCUAUAAUUUUGAUGUAAAUAUUGCCACCCCAACCUUCUAGGAAAAGAUGUUUUGUUUUCUUUGAAUACUGAAUCAGCCUCAAGUUGCAGUUAAUGAGUAUAUGUGAUCUUGGAA